AUGGCUGAUAUACCCCUCUUGCCAGUCACUAGGGACGGCGCGGAGGUCGAAGGAGGAGCCGCGAGGCCCAAGAAGAAGGAGACCAUGACAUCACUCUACCUCACCUUCUUCGAGACCGGCGCCGACGGCAAGAACCGUGUCUGCAGGCUCUGCGACAAGACAUAUUGCCUCACCACCGCCACCAGCAAUCUGGGGAAGCAUCUGAACAACCGGCACCCCGGCUACGACCAGCUCGCCGACCACCACCUCCAUCUGCAGGGCGAAAACUCUGCCCAGAGCGCCGUCUCCGGCAUGUUUGCCAGGAACAAGAAGCCGCACGCCCCGGCGCGAGCUCACCCGCAACCUCAGCCUCAGCCGCAGGCACAGGUUCAAGUUCAGUCUGUUCAGGCUCAGGCCAAAGCGCGGGCCGUCCGCGCUCAGCCUAGCGCGAAGCCGGCGGUGGACGUCGACUACGUCAACUGGUUGCUCCUUCGGUGGCUCAUCGGCUCCUCCUUCCCGCCCUCCACCCUCGAGGACAGCUCGUUUGUCGACAGCUGCAGGUAUCUGAACCCGGCCGUCAGGCUCUGGCCGAAGGAGAAGGCUCAGGAGAUCACCCUCCAGGUGUUCAGGAGCAUGAAGGAGGACGUCAAGGCGUCCCUGCAGCGCGUCAGGUCCCGGCUGUCCAUCUCCCUUGAGUUCUGGACUUCCUACGAGCAGAUAGUGUACCUGUCUGUCAAGUGCCACUGGAUCGACGAGAGCUGGGUCUCGCAGAAACUCCUGCUUGACGUGUGCCGGGUUCGGUGCCACUCCACCGGUGCUGACAUUCUGCGAGUUCUGCUGGCUGUCUUGCAGGAUUUUAACAUUGACUUGAAAAUCCUUGCUUGCACGCAUAAUAACAGCCAGCAUGCUAUCCAUGCCUGUGAAGAGCUCAGGCGGGAGCUCGAGUCCCGGAAGCUCCCCUUCUGCUACAUCCCCUGUGCCGCAAAGGCACUAGAGGUUAUCAUCGAAGAUGGCCUGCAAAAUGUGAAGCCUGUGCUGUCCAAGGCCCGCGAGUUUAUCCUCGAGACCAAUUCGAACCAGGAGAUGAUGGUGGAUUUUAAGCACUGGACUGAAGUUUACCAAGAAGGCCCGUGUAAAUUCCCUCUUGAUCAUUCGGCAAAUUGGAACGGCAACUACAAUGUGCUCGACAUAGUAAAGAAGGCCCCUAAUGCGAUGGAUAACACGAUCAAGAAGUUUCAAGACGUUUUUGGGUCGAGGGACUGGGUUCUGAGUGACGAGGAGAAGUCAGUGGUGAAUUCAUUGCACUCGUACCUUGAGCCGUUCUACAAAACUACGACCAACCUUUGUACCUGCAAAUUACCAACUGUUGGGCUGGUCUUCUUCUUCAUGGACCAUGUCUUUGAGUUGAUCAAUGUCUGCCAUGACAGCAGCCACCAGAAAUUGUUCGAGAAAAUCGCCAGAGACAUGUCCAAGACAGCUCGUGAAUUCACAUCUCAAGCUUACAACAUCUACACCUUCACGGCUGCCAUUCUUGAUCCGAGGAUCAAAGGAGAGCUCAUCCCUGACGCCCUCAACUCCGCCAGCAACUUGGAGGACGCAAGGGACCAUUUUGUCAGAGACUACAGCAGCAUCUUCCAAGCUGCCGGAAAUGGCUACAGCACCCAGCAAGACAACACUGAGGGUGAUGGCGCCUUCUCCUUUGCUGAAGAGAUUAUUCGCAAACGCCGUCGUGUCAGUAUGAGCACUGCCGCUGAUGAGCUCACUCAGUAUCUCGCGGAGCCCCCCGCACCGAUUUCCACUGAUGCUCUGGAAUGGUGGAGGGGGCACUCCUCCCGUUACCCACGGCUCUCGUUGAUGGCCCGUGACUUUUUGGCAAUCCAAGGGACCUCCUUGGAUCCUGAAGAACUGUUCACAAGCAAAGGGGACAGUAUCCACAAGCAGCAGUACUGCCUUCCUCUUAGUAGCAUGCAGGCUACAAUGUGUAUAAAAUCGUGGAUGCAAAGUGGGUAUCAGUUCAAUUUUCAGUCGACCAUCAUUGAUUUCGAGAGAUUAAUCGAGUCUGCUACUGCUCCUGAUGCUGUAAAUGGUCCAGAGUCUUCUUGA